AUGACUGAAAGCUCUCAGAUGCAGCAGGCUCUCUUCCAUGAUGCUGGAGCUGGCCCUCCUACCCAUCUUGUUGAUGCCAACCAGCCUAUUGACCCUCGCAUUUCACUUGAGGAUUAUAAUCGUACUAUGCUCAAUUACACUCAGCGCCAGAUGUCGACUUUUGUUGAUCUUGACGGCCCUGGCCACUCCCGUGGAAACGGAACAAGCAGCCGCAGUAGUCAAAGUUCUGGCAACAGCGGUAACAGCGACAACUCAUCCAACGGUGUAUUGGCUAGCCAGGCCAACGGCCCCCCGCCAACUUCUGCCGGUUCCUCCGCCGAUGGGCAGAUGAAGUCUAAUGUGAUGGACCAUGCCACAUCUGGCUAUUAA